GUGAAUUUUGUUGCUCUACCCUCCUCGCUUUACUCUCUCACACUUUGGUAGUUUGGUUAGAUCUUCGUCUUCUAAUUUAACAUGGACAGUGACACUGUUUCCAGUAGCGUAGAUCAUUCUCGGACAGCUAUGCCUGAGACAUUGGCAUUCAAUAGUCCUAUGAAGAAACAGAUCAAUGGUUGUAGUUCAAUCUGUGUUAGACAAGAUGAUCCAGGCCGUUUUUUGCGUGUUCUUUAUGAGUCUUUGAUAACAGGAGGGUUAGCUGGUGUUGUGGUGGAAGCUGCUCUAUACCCAAUUGAUACAAUCAAAACUCGAGUGCAGGCAGCUCGGGAUGGGGGAAAGAUAAUAUGGAAGGGACUAUACUCUGGUCUUGGUGGAAACCUUGUUGGUGUCUUACCUGCUUCGGCUCUAUUUUUCGGUGUAUAUGAACCAACCAAACAGAAGCUUCUGAAGGUUUUACCCGAAAAUUUUAGUGCGGUUGCACAUUUGGCUGCAGGUGCGUUAGGAGGUGCGGUUUCAUCUAUUGUUCGGGUUCCGACAGAAGUUGUCAAACAGCGAAUGCAAACUGGUCAAUUUGCUUCGGCCCGUGAUGCUGUUCGCCUUAUUAUAGCCAAAGAGGGCUUUGGAGGCAUGUAUGCGGGUUAUGGUUCCUUUUUAUUGCGAGAUUUGCCUUUUGACGCUCUCCAGUUUUGUGUUUAUGAGCAAUUACGGAUUGGAUACAAGUUGGCUGCAAGAAGAGAUCUAAAUGAUCCAGAGAAUGCAAUGCUUGGUGCUUUUGCUGGUGCUGUCACUGGUGUUUUGACCACUCCUCUUGAUGUAAUCAAAACCAGAUUAAUGGUUCAGGGUGCAGGAACUCAGUAUAAAGGAGUUGCAGACUGCGUUAAGACGAUAAUAAGAGAAGAAGGGCCGUCAGCUUUGUGGAAGGGAAUGGGUCCGAGGGUAUUGUGGAUAGGUAUUGGAGGUUCAAUAUUCUUCGGUGUUUUGGAAAAGACAAAGCAGAUUCUUUCAGAGAGAAGCCAAAAGAGUCACAAUUCUUAAACAGUUAGAUUCUACAUGUUUUAAGUAAAGAUGCUGCUGAAGAAGCUACUUCUUACGGUGUCAAUCAUCUUGAAUAUCGUAUUCACCAUCCAUAUUCUUUAUAAUAAUUCAACCAAAUGGAAUCCAACGUGGACCAAUUAAGCUGCGGUUGAAGCUGAAACUGCAGCCUCUGUUUCAUGCUCAGGACAUGGCAGAGCUUACGUGGAUGGUCUUGGUGUCCUUGAUGGCCAGAAACCUCCUUGUGAGUGCAACAAUUGCUACACAGGCAAAGAUUGCUCCGUUCUUCUCAAAGAUUGCCCUGUCGAUGCUAACUCAGGAGACCCUUUGUUCUUGGAGCCUUUCUGGAUGCGAGAAGCCGAGAGCAGUGCAGUUUUGGUCUCGGGAUGGCAUAGGAUGAGAUAUAAUUAUCAAGAUGGGACACAUGUGUCUCGAGAGCUCGGAAAGGUCAUUAGAAAACUGCAUAGUGUAUUGGGAAACGCUGUUACAGAUGACAAAUUCGUAAUCUUUGGAUGUGGAUCCACACAAUUACUUGCAGCAGCUGUCCAUGCCUUGUCUUUGACAAACUCAUCAGUAUCAUCACCUGCAAGGCUUCUGACUUCUAUUCCAUACUACUCUAUGUACAAGGCCCAAGCAGAGUUCUUUGAUUCAGCACAUCUCAAGUUUGAAGGAGAUGCGUCUGCGUGGAAGCAGAGCGAGCACAAUGAUAAUAUCACGCAAGUUAUAGAGGUAGUGACAUCUCCGAAUAAUCCAGAUGGGGAGCUGAAAAGAGCGGUUCUUGAUGGUCCUAAUGUAAAAACAGUUCAUGAUUAUGCUUAUUACUGGCCUUAUUUCUCACCUAUUACACAUCCAGUUGAUGGAGAUUUGAGCCUGUUUAGUCUCUCCAAGACUACAGGUCAUGCUGGCUCAAGAUUCGGGUGGGGAUUGGUAAAGGACAAAGCUGUUUACGAAAGAAUGAAAAGAUAUAUAAGUUUAACUAGUAUGGGUGUUUCAAGAGAUACACAGCUUCAUGUCCUGAAGUUGCUCAAAGUAAUAGUUGGCGAUGGAGGCGAUGAGAUAUUCCAUUUUGGCUAUGGAACUUUGAAGAAAAGAUGGGAGACACUGAACAAGAUAUUCUCCAUGUCCACGCGUUUUUCGCUCCAGACAAUCAAACCUGAGUAUUGCAACUAUUUCAAGAAAGUCAGAGACUUUACUCCUUGUAAUGCAAGAAAGUGAGACUUUUGGUUUGGUACUAUAUAAAACUUAUAAUCAUGUGCAGUUGAUGUCCAAA